AUGAACAAUUCAGAAACAGAAGUUGAUUCUUCUUCAUCACACCUUCCUUAUCCUGUGGCUCUUGUCACGGCUUCGAGUGUACGCAAUGAUACUCAGAAGAAGUGUCGGGGACGUCCUCAAGUUUCGCCAAGCCAAAAAAGGUUUAUGAAGCUAAAACUUGCACAUGACAGCCUCACAAAAGGAAGACAGUAUCUUUCAGUGCCAUUUAUGAGAGCAAAUGGCAUGACCAAACUAGAGCUGCUAACUCUGGUAGGGAAAGAUGGUGUAGAGUGGAAAGUGAAUCUUAAAGGGCAGAAAUCCGGAAGGGCAUUGUGUUUGGGAAAGGGGUGGAAAGAGUUUGCUAAAGCAAAUGGGUUAAAGACGGGUGAACACUUCACCUUGGAGUCAAUAUGGAAAAAUGAAAUUCCUAUGCUCAGGUUGGUCAACACAGAGUCUACCAGUGACAGAAAGCAGAAAGCAGUGACAUUGGCCCUUGAAACUAAAGAUAUCAAAGCAUGUACAUUGCAUCUUCCAAGUGAAUUCUUGACAGAUAUUGGAAUCAAGAAGCUUGGAAAGAUAACCUUGCUUGGUAAGGAUGGACUGAAGUGGUUGGGACAUAUUUUGUCAAGAAAUGGAACCGUAGAUGUUGGAAUUGGUUGGAAUUAUUUCUGUCAGGCUAAUGGUGUAAAUUUUGGUGAGUCAUUCAGCCUAGUUUUCAUUAACGAAGAAGAGGACACAGGUCCGAUAUUCAAGUUCUGUCCCAACUCCGGGAACUAA